AAAAUAUCAGUUCAUGGUUAGUUGUUUGUGAACAAUUGAUCUGAAUAGUUUCACUAGCUGCUUAUACGAUCGUUUGGAGAAAGUAUAACGUUCUAUUUUUUAGUAUUCUUCAGAUAAAAAAAUUUACAACACAGAAAAAUGUCUUCAGUAGGGGAGAAGCCAAAAUUGGUGAAGGUAGAGGAAGCAAGACGUUUUAUGAUCGAUUGUUUUAAGGCCGUCAAUGUACCACAAGAACAUGCUGAACAACAGGCCGAUUUAUUGGUGGCAGCCGAUUAUCGUGGUCAUUUCAGUCAUGGCAUGAACCGUUUGGAAAUGUACCUCAACGAUUUGAGCAUUAACUCUACCGAUGGUGCUGCUGUCCCCACUAUUCUUAAGGAAACCCCCUCUACCGCCUGGGUGGAUGGCAAAAAUGGUCUUGGUGCCGUUGUGGGCAAUUUCUGUAUGGAUUUGGCCAUUAAGAAGGCUAAACAAGUAGGUGUCGGUUGGGUUUGUGCUAAGAACUCAAAUCAUUACGGCAUGGCUGGCUGGUAUCCCAUGAGAGCCAUGAAAGAAGGUUUGGUUGGCAUGUCCAUGACUAAUACCUCUCCCUUGAUGGCUCCUACCCGUUCCAAAGUGGCUGCUUUAGGUACAAAUCCCUUGUCCUUGGGUGUUCCCGCAAAGGAUGAUCAAUUUUUGCUUGAUAUGGCCACUACAGCUGUAGCUUUGGGUAAGGUUGAAAUUCAACGUCGUAAGGGUGAGUCUUUACCCCAUGGUUGGGCCCUAGAUGCACAUGGUAAUGAAACAACCGAUGCCGAGUCGGCCUUCCAAACUGGCUGCUUAAUGCCUUUGGGUGGUGCUGAAAUCAACUCCGGUUAUAAAGGUUAUGGUUUGGCUGCUUUAGUUGAUAUCUUAUCUGGUGUUAUGGCUGGUGCCAGUUACUCUACCAAAUUGCGUAAAUGGACUGAUGUUGAUCCCAAUUCUACCGCCGACUUGGGUCAAGUAUUCAUUGCUGUUGAUCCUAAUUGCUUUGCUCCCGAUUUCGAGGAAAGAAUGGCCGAUUUUAAUGGUCGUUUGCGUAGCUGCGAACCGACUGAUCCCGAAAAACCUGUACUGGUUCAUGGUGAUAAGGAAUCUAUGACAAUGAAAGCUGUCGAUACCGCUGGUGGUAUUCAAUAUUUACCCAAUCAAUUACAAACCUGCGAAAGCAUAUCUCAACGUUUUAAUGUAAAACCGUUAAGUUUUGUUUAAUUUAAUAUAUUAACGCCUAUUAAGACCUCACCCGGUCAUAAAUUUUAAUAUAAACUUAAAAACUAAAUUUGCAAUUUGUCCAUUUGUGUAAAUAUUACUAAAUACUUUUACUGGGUUAGAAAAUAUAAAUAAUUGUUAGGUUUAAUAUUUUUCAAUAA